GCCCAGAACCACACCUGACAGGCAGUAGAUGCUCAUUCCAUAUUUGUCCAAUAAAUGAAUGAGUGACUCAUUGAGCGUUUUCUCUGUGCCAGGCAUUGUCCUGCGCCAGACGGAGCCGAGCCCCAACCAGGGAGGGCCCCGGAGCAUCGGACCCCAAUGCCACUGUCUCCAAGACCCGGGUUUGGGCGAAAGAUGGCGCUGACCAGAUGCAGCUGGCUCCUCCUGAGUGCCACGUUCCUGAGCGCGGGGGCUGAGAUCUCCAUCACCCCGGAGCCCGCCCGGCCAGCCGAGGGGGACAACGUCACACUGGUUGUCCACGGGCUCUCGGGAGAGCUGCUCGCUUACAACUGGUACGCGGGGCCCACGCUCAGCCUGAGUUACCUGGUGGCCAGCUACAUCGUCAGCACGGGUGACGAGACCCCCGGCCCAGCCCACUCAGGACGGGAGGCAGUGCGCCCCGACGGCGGCCUGGACAUCCAGGGAGUCGUGCCCGGGCACUCGGGCACCUACAUCCUGCAGACUCUCAACAGGCAGUUUCAGACGGAGGUGGGCUACGGACACCUGCAGGUCUAUGAGAUGCUGGCCCAGCCCGUGGUCAUCGCCAACAACACAGCGCUGGUGGAGCGCCGAGACACUCUGCACCUGAUGUGCAGCAGCCCCAGCACCGCUGAGGUCCGCUGGUUCUUCAACGGCGAGGCCCUGCCCAUCGCCGUCCGGCUCGGUCUGUCCCCCGACGGCCGGGUACUGACCAGGCAUGGCAUCCGCAGGGAGGAGGCUGGGGCGUACCAGUGCGAGGUCUGGAACCCAGUCAGUGUCAGCCGCAGCCAGCCUGUCAACCUGACCGUGUACUUUGGCCCGGAACGAGUGGCCAUCCUCCAGGAUUCCGUCACCCGCACAGGCUGCACCAUCAAGGUCGACUUCAACACGUCCCUCACCCUGUGGUGCAUGUCCCGGUCCUGCCCAGAGCCCGAGUAUGUGUGGACCUUCAACGGGAGGGCCCUAAAGAAUGGUCAAGACCACCUCAACAUCACCGGCAUGACAGCGGCCCAGGAGGGCACGUACACGUGUAUUGCUAAGAACCCCAAGACCCUGCUUUCCGGAUCCGCCUCGGUGGUAGUCAAGCUCUCUGCGGCAGCUGUCGCCAUGACCAUCGUGCCCGUGCCGACCAAGCCAAUGGAGGGCCAGGACGUGACCCUGACCGUACCGGGCUACCCCAAGGACCUGCUGGUCUACGCCUGGUACCGCGGGCCCGCCUCCGAGCCCAACCGGCUGCUCAGCCAGCUGCCAUCGGGGAACUGGAUCGCGGGCCCCGCGCACACUGGCCGGGAGGUGGGCUUCCCCAACUGCUCGCUGCUGGUGCAGAAGCUGAACCUCACCGACGCCGGCCGCUACACGCUCAAGACCAUCACACUGCAGGGCAAGACCGAGACGCUAGAGGUGGAGCUACAGGUGGCCCUCCUGGAGUAGCAGCAUGGCCCUGGAGAACUCCAGAGAGAAGAGCUCCUCCUGUCAUCCUCCCUGUCUCCUCCUCCUGAGUGGAGGACCACCUGCUUCCAGCGAGGAUGUCCGAUCAUGGUCUGCUGUUCUCCUGCUUCCACACUAGAGUUAGAGAUGACAGGGCCCUACCACUUCGCUGAGCUGUCGGGGAGUCACAGAGGCCAUAAACAUCCUGGUUAA